AGUGUUAGAUUCAUCACACACGAUUAGAUUCAUCCAACUGAAAACCACCCAGCAAUGGCACUGUUGUAUGUCAAGGUUUUAAUGUUGAUUGCAAUAACUUGUGUGUUAGUGAAAGGCCAAGACCAGCUUGAUAAUACAAGAAAUCUUUCUUUAACAAAUAGAGGCCUGAGUAAUCCAAAAUUUAAAGUCUUUGGAAGUCCGAGCGAUUCACCUGGCAAGUUUGGCCUUGGUGUUGGAGUAGGUUCACGGCUAUGGGAGAGUAAAAAUGGCAGAUUUAAUGUUGGAGGAAGUGCAUCUGUGCAGCAAGGGGUAAAACCCUUUGGUGGAAAAUUAUUCCCGGGAAACCCUAGUGUGGGUAUAGGCACUGGUGUUAAUGUCAAAUUGGGGCCGCGAAGACACAGUGAUCUCAGUUUUGAUAUUGGUGCCACUAAAGGGCUCGGAGGAGGACCCUUUAACAUUGGUGCUGGCCUCAAAUAUAGAUUUGGGCGCUCACUAAGAGUCAGUAGGAAGCGAUAAGCUUAUUGUCCGAUACAGAAAAUAACAAACAACAUACUAUUUUUUGUGUGAUUUUAAUAAAAUAACAUUCUUCUA